AUGGCAUCCGAUGCUGCCAUUGUCACUUGGGGCUCGGGUGAAGAUGGACAAUUGGGAAUCGGGAACAACGAGGAGAAGGAGUGGGUUCCGAAUGUGACAAACCUUUUGGGGCUGACAAACCUUUUGGGAACUUUUGGAACGGCUCCCCGGGGUGGGUAUGCGAAUCAGGCAAGUAUAAGCCCUGGAAUGAUGGGAAGCUAUGGAAAUCAAGGUGCAAUGCAAGGUGGCUACCCGAACCCGCAGAUAGGGCAAGGUGGUUCAGGAAGAGGGCAGCAUGGUGUUGGGCAAUCUGGUGGCGCUCCUUACUUGGGGCAUUAG